GACUCUGGCCGCGAUAAGCACAAUCAAAGAUUGCCUAGUUCGUCUCUGCCAAAAUUCAAGAUAAACUCCGCCCAUGUGUCUGCUGACACAGAAAUCAAUCCUAUGGCAAUAUCGAUUCGUGUCAUAGACAGUAAAAGAAAGUGCGGGCUGGCUAAUGGUAGAAUUCCGCUCAGUUUGAUGUUGUGCAGAAGGAGUAGCUAACCACAGAAAACUUAGCAUUAUGGCAACUUAUCCUAUCCCUACUGUAGAGCAAUUGGUGGACAAGGCUCGGCAAGCGUAUAUUGAAACCUUCGGAGAAAAAGGUCCUACUAUUGCCGUAUGUGCUCCAGGGAGAGUUAACCUGAUUGGGGAGCACACCGAUUACAACCAAGGAUUGGUCUUGCCUAUGGCUCUGCCUCUUGUAACUGUGGUAGUUGGCAGUCAGAUCUCAGGAACAAAUGUCUCAGUGUUAACUGUGUCAGAGGUGUUGAAAGAAUCCAAAAGGGUUGACUUUGAUCUGCCAACAUCCACUGCACCCCUCCAGCCUGGGAAACCCUCUUGGGCUAAUUAUGUUAAAGGAGUGAUUCAGAACUACAGAGCACAUCCCUUGCCUGGAUUUCAAGCUGUUAUCAUCAGCAGUGUACCUUUGGGAGGAGGACUAUCAAGCUCAGCCUCACUUGAAGUUGCUUUUUACACAUUCCUUCAACAACUUUGUCCAGAUGAUAUGGACGAUGUGGCAAAGGCAAUGGCAUGCCAAAAGGCAGAACACACAUAUGCAGGUGUGCCAUGUGGUAUUAUGGACCAGUAUGUGUCUGUGCUGGGGAGAGAAGCUCAUGCACUGCUCAUAGAUUGCAGAUCAUUGGAAGCUACACCAGUGCCCCUGACUGACCCCAGUCUUGUGAUUCUCAUCACAAACUCCAACGUGAGGCACUCUCUGACAGGGAGUGAAUAUUCCACACGAAGACGCCAGUGUGAGGAGGCUGCUACUCUGCUUGGAAAGAGCAGUCUGAGGGAUGUCACCCUAGAGGACCUAGAGGCUGCAAGAGGUGGGAUGGACGAUGUGAUAUAUCAGCGAGCCUGCCAUGUGAUUGAGGAGAUCAAGCGCACUGAGCAGGCUGCUGUGGCUUUAAGACAGGAAGAUUACAAACAAUUUGGGAAGCUCAUGGUAGAAAGCCACAACUCACUCAGGGACCAAUAUGAAGUCAGCUGUAAAGAGUUAGAUGACCUGGUAAAUGCAGUCAUGGAGGUGACUGGUGUGUAUGGGAGUCGCAUGACUGGUGGAGGAUUUGGAGGUUGCACAGUGACUCUUCUUCAGGCUGAUGCUGUCAACCAAGCAAAACAACACAUCAUGGAGAAAUACAGUGGACAGCCGACAUUCUACAUCACAACUCCUUCAAAGGGAGCACGGGUGCUCAGUCUCUAAACAGCAAACAAUGAUAUGUGUUAGACCACAACUCAAAAUGAUUCCUGAAAUUGUCUUAUAAACCUCAAAUCUUUUAUAUUUUCCAUUUGUCCUCCAAGCUAUAAUCUAAAGCUAUCAGUGAUAAAUAGAUUUAAUUGACCAAAGUACGGGAGUACGGGACUACUUCUGAGAGGCACCAUAUAACCAAACAGUCCUCAACUUUGCAGUAGUUUUAUCGCACUUUACUUAAGAAUCACAAAGACAUUUUGGUAACACCUCACUUGAGCCCUGCUUCUGCUUCGUAACAGUAAUAAAAUGUGACAUGUCAUGCUUGGUACUAUAUGUCAUCAUCAGUGUCAAGUGAAGUGAUGAAACGUCAUACAAUUGGUAAUUGUCAUCACUGUAUGAUUCUAUUGCAGCCUAAUAAAAUGUAAUAUUAAGCUGUUGUAACA